CUGAGCAAAUUUUAUGUGUGUAUGUCAUGUAUUUUUACGAACAAACAUUCCCAAAACUGGUAACUGAAAUGUCGAUUUGUUAAAUUUAAUCAUCAGAAUGGAAGGUGAUAUAUCAGGCAUUCGUAUUAUUCCAUCGUCACUGGAAUUUUUUGAUAGUGAGGUGGAUGUUGUGCACAGACAAACCGUGACAGUGAAAAAUGUAUCAAAAUCCAGCAAAAGCAUCCGUUUCUACGGUCCAAAAACAAAGAAUUUUUCCCUAAAGGUCAAUAAUCCAGAGAAGCCCGUUGCUCCAGGGUUGCAAGUCCAAGCAUUUGUUGAGUAUGAAACGAGCGAAGAGGCUGAUUGUGUGGACAGACUUGUUGUCACAGUUGAUGGAGAUGUGAUUGAAAUACCUCUUCAUGCUUACCCGUGUCAGCCUAUUCUAACCAUACAGGGCCCUGUCAACUUUGGAAAUGUUGUUGCCUGCAGUAAAGUCAUCUCAAAGGAAAUAUCCGUGAUCAAUCAAGGGUCAAAGUCUGGGGAGUUCAAGGUGAAAUAUUCCGGUGACAUCCCGAUCUCUGUGAUCCCAUCGAGCGGAAAUGUCCCACCAAAGACGGCACAAAUUAUCAAAGUUGAAUUUGUAACGAAGGAAAGUGGAAAAAUUGAUGAAGAAGCAAAAGUCUACCUUGAGGGCCAGGAGACCACUGCUCUGCGGAUCCUGGGCAACGUGGUCGAAAGAACAUUGGAGUUGUUAUCACCCCAGAAUGAGGAGCUCAUGGAGUGCAUCAAGUUUGGAAAUGCCUAUUAUGGUACCGACAGAACGGAAGCUGCCAUUCUGUUCAAUAAUGGGCCAGAACCGGUCAAUUUUGUGGCGGUGUUACAAGAUGAUGCCCCUGGACAAGACGUGGGCACCGACUUGACCAAGACGACUGCAGCAACCCUGUCUGAUCAGCUCCGUCCAGAUCAAUACAAGGGCUUUAAUAACCCAUUGACUUCCUUGGUGACAGCUAUACCCAACCAGGGCACACUUGCUCCUUAUGAGAAGAUACCCGUCUUUUUUAGGUUCAGUCCAAGGUGGAACUCCUCAAAAAGUGGUUGGAAAUGUCAGGGUGACCAACCGCCCCGGCAGGACUUCGCACUAUUCAUGCACCUCGAGAUGAUUGGAUCUAGCAAUGGAUUCCAAAACAAGUCUGGCAAUAAAACAAGAAGUAAUAUAGAAGGCUCCUUCCUAGAGGUCGCUGUGACUGGCACAGCACUUCCCGUCCAGCUGAACUUCUCACCGCAGACAAAGUUAGAUUUCGAUGAAUGCCCCGUCGGAGAACACGUCGAUACAUUGUGCAUGAUCAAGAAUGAAUCGGCCGUGCUACCGGCCUUGUUUCAGUUCCGACGGAUUGCUCACUUCAGUAUGCGGCCUCCAAAUGGCACACUGCCCCCUGGUGGCUCACAAGAGAUAUUGUUUUCAUUCACCCCGAACCAAGUGGGAACCUUCAAGCCUAAUCUCACCAUGGAUGUGAUCGGCCAGGUGGCGGAUAAUCGCAAUCCGUUCAUGUCACAUCUGGAGGUGAUCCACUCGAUGAACAUACAGCUUCAAGGUCGUAGCGACCCUGUCACAGUCAAGAGGGCGCCAAAGUUUAAUCCAGGCAUAACUCCAAAGAUCACAAAUGAAGUUGGUCAAUUCGUUGACACGACAUUCGAAACUGCUGAAAAGAAGCCGCGAGCAGCCAUUUUGAAUUCUCUUGGGACGGAAAUUCAUAAAAUUGAAUCGGCCAAGAAUGUGAAGACGUGGAAUGAUGCGGCGCUGGUAUCUUUUCCGAAUGACCGUGCGAAGAGCAUCAGGCCUAGUGAUAGGAAGGAAAAUUAUAAGACAAUCUUCACCGGCAUGGAGCGACACACGUACGUGGACCCCGACUACGCUUACACAGACGGCGAGGAAGCGGCCAGAAAACUUCACAAAAAAUACUACCAGUCGUUCAUUGGUGAUCGCCGUGAGAACAGGAUUAAUAAGCUGAAGGCAAAGGAGUUUGAAGAAACCAACAAUAAGACUGAUAUCGGCAUCAAAACUGCUGCCGGAAUCAAGCCGAAGAAACUGACACAAGAUGAGAUCAAGCCGGAUCCGAGACCGCCCACGCCCCCGAAUGCGGGCUUCCGUCUGCUGAGCUCCAAGGAGUUAUCAGAAGCAGAAGAGACGACGAUGCAGAAGAACGUCCAAGAUGGCCUCAAUGCGAUCCCCACCACCGAUCGAGAGAAGCGAGAAUGUAGCCGCAUCCUCUCGCCGCAGGAGCUCCAUCAGGUCGUGAUCGGGCCGCCGACGCUGGAGUUCGAUGACGUCUGCUUGAGAUCAGUCAGCACGAAGAACGUCAACAUUGUCAACAAUCUGAACCAAUACAUUCAUGUGGUGUUUGAUGUUGAUUGCCGCGAAUUGCGCCAGACCAGUCCCCUGUCACAAGUGAUCCCACCGCAAUCAAAAGCGACGCUCCCCAUAAUCUUUGAGUCGAACAUCAAGGGACUCUUCCAGCGUUCGUUGAUGUACACCGUCAAUUCUGCGUACCGACAUCAUGUGACCGUCCUUGCUAACGUCGUACCGGUUCACCUCUCGCUCGACAAAGAUGAACUGGAAGUUUUCCCGUCGCCCGGCCAACCGGCAGAAGCAGGUUACAGAGGUGUCGUAACUUUGAAGAACCCAUUGAAUUAUCCGGCAGAGUUUACAUGGGCUCCAAUCCUGGGGGAGCGGGGAACGGCUUUCUCUAUCAGGCCUGCUACUGGUGUGGUAGAUGCGUUCCAGGACCUCCAGUGCGAGAUCGUUUUCCAUCCAUCCUACCUUGCACCAGAGGAUGGCAUGUUUGCCCUACAAGUUCACGGCGGGAAUCAACUCGCGCUAAAAUGCUCGGCCAAGUUCGGCCCGACCACCGUCAAGUUCAUUGACCGGCGCAUCAUGUUCGGUCAGGUUCCACUCCACCUGACGACGAUCAAGGCAGCACAUCUUCACAACAAUAGCCAGAACCAUGCUUACUUUGAGGUUAUUGAGCCAAACCCUUUCCCCGGUAUGACCAUUAGCCCGGUCCACGGGGUCGUUCCAGUUGGAGGCAAUGCCGAGUUGAAGGUCUCCCUGACACCUAACGCUGUUAUCAAGUUUGAUACACGAGUAAUGGUGUCGAUUCGAGGCUGGAAGAUCAUUGAACUGAGGAUGGGCGGCACGGUCGAACCUCCUGUUAUUGAUAUUGAUGAGAAAACUUUCAAUCUAGGUGGAGUGUUCUGCGGCUCCCAAAAGACAACCACUUUCAACAUCAUCAAUAAGACGACCACGAAAACCAAGAUGGAGUUUGACCUGUCCAGAUACAGCGACUUCUCUCUGGCGUUCCCUGGUCGUGAGACGGCAGAUGAUUACACGUUUCAGCUGCUGAAUCCUGGUGUCUAUUCGGUCACGAUCAAGGGGGAAGAGUCGAUCCCAUGUGAGCUGACAUUCUGCCCAACAGAGGUCGCUUCCUAUGACUUCAACCUGCCAGUCGUGAUCAACCAGACAGUGGCACCCUCCCCAUCGCCAACACCCUUCCCGCCUACACCAGCGCCCUCUAACAAGAACAGCAUUGCCCACAUAAUCAACCCACGCCCUGUCCACGUGUCCAUCUCCACACCGAGGAGAAAAGUGAUUGCCACGGCGUUGAGGGAGCCGCUGCAGUUGUCACACCAAAGGAUUGAAUUCUCCCUUCCCGUCAACUAUCUAGAAAUUGCUGCCACCUCAGGCAUUGGGACAAGUAAGGGUACUCUUCUCGUGAACAAUAGCGACAAACGUAUUAAGUGGUCCAUAGACCUGAGCAAGGCCAACAAGACCCUCGAAGACGGCAUCUUCAAGUUCCUGCACUCGAGUGGUAUGCCGUACCUGACCCAUGGAUUUGGUGGAGUGGAGGGCCAUCUUGAGCCCGGGAUCACCACGCAGCUUGGUGUGGCAUUUUGUCCAAAAGGACCUGGAACAUACUACAGCAAAGUCCCUGUCAUCAUCAAUGAUAUGUACACAAACCCCUACGUCUACCUCGAGCUGACUGGUUAUCUCAAGGCCCCAAAGAUCUGGUUUGACCCCCUGGCUAUUGUCCUGACCCCUGUGCCUCUCUGCACCACCGUCAGUGCCGAGUUCAAUAUUCUCACAGCUAACUACAGCAAAGUCAGCCACCUUGGUGUUGAGUACCCAGAGGUCGAGUGUGAAGAUGGCAGUAAGAUCACACCGCUUACCGUAUCAUUCCCAAAUGGAAAUGAGAUCAAACCCUGCUGUAGUGACGAUGGCCAGAUUGAACCCUAUCUCGUCUCCUGCAAAGUCAGCUUCUCCAGCACGAAACCCGUCUCUUUCUGCCAACCUCUGAAGCUUGUGGACGACCAGGGAAACAGUGCGACGAUCGCCAUCACGGCCACGGCCGACAACUGUCUACUGACAUGUUACCCAUUCAUUGCCCAGCAUCGUGGCGAUCAUCAUAUCAUCUGUGAACAGGGUCUGACAUUGAGAGGUCGUAAGGCGGCGUCCAAGGAAAGUCUGAACGCUGGCGAAGCUAUCUUCGUCCCCUGUACCUCCCCACAGCCAAGUCGACCCAGCACCAGCGCCACGAGCACAGGCGACUUCCAAGUGUCUUCAUCGAGCUAUGAGGACAGCCAGAGUGUCACAGAGUCGACCUACCCCAGUACACCUCGAGAUGGCGCUCUGGUCAAGUUGCUUACGAGCUCUGCCGACCAUGACAGCCAAGGUCGCAAUAACAUCCAAUCCCGUUCCCUCGGCUCGGCGCUCUUCCCGGAUGAGGACUCAGAGGAGGGUAUCUUCCACACGGAGGUGUUAUUAGCCGUACAGCGAUGGUUUUCCUCGCAUGGAUGGCCCGGUGGUUCAUUCCCCAUCACCAUACCAUACGCUCUAAGAAGUGGCCUUGGUAUGAAAAAUGGUGACGAAGGUUCAAAGAAGGCAAACAACAAGAAAGAGAUGAAGACUAUUUAUGACAUGAUCGGAAAUCUGCUUGGUAAACCACCGCCGGGAAUCCCGCUCAACUCUCCGCUCCCGGCAGACGACAAUGAACGUGUCAAACAGGUCUACUGGCAGCACAGCACACUACUCACUUUCCUUAAGAGCCAAGGUGCAUGUGUCUCGUCGAUCAAACCAGAAUACCUUAUGGAACCGUAUGACUAUAAGGUCUGGCUGGGCGUUCAGCGGGAGACUGAGAAGGAGAAAAACAAGGAUGGUCUCAUCGACACCAGCGUGUUGACCUCGGAGGAACAGGAGAUUGAAGAUCAGUUGUUUGAGGCUGUUUCAAAACGUGCCUGGACGGAUAUUCUACUCCAGAUAUUGAAGACACUGGUAUUCUCCAAGAUCACGCCUCGUCAGUUCAAGAACUUGUCCUUCCCGGACCGCACUAUCUCGAGCCCUAACCUGAACCCAGACCCUCUCUGCAGCAACGUCUACAGCGUCCAGGAACGAAUCCUCCUCUCUUGGCUCAACCAUAACUACGAACACUUCAGGCAGCGGAUCUGGGAGGACAGCGACAAGGGUGGAGUCCCGCCCUCACGUUGGAUCGUCAACUUUGACUAUGAUCUUCUUGACGGUCUUGUUUUGGCUGCGGUUCUCGGAGCUCACUGUCCAUUCCUGAUUUCUGAUCUGAAGGACAUGUACACUCAUCCCUCAACGGCAGAGCAGUGCCUCCACAACGCCCUGAAAGUCUCCAACUCGAUGAAGUAUAUCGGCAUUGAGUACGACAUCCAGGCAAUCGACAUCACCGAUCCGAAUCCUAUCGCACUCAUAUUGCUGUGCGUGCACUUGUACCAGAGGAUGCCGCAGUAUAUCCCGAAAACAUCCGUAGAGUUUACCGGGGCCUUGCAUUCAUCUGUAAUGAGACAGGUGCGCCUGAGUAACCCAAGUGGGAAAUCCCUCAUCUAUCACGCCCUCAUUGCCGGUCACGAUGCCAGGGACUUUGACCUGCCCAAGGGUCGUGAAGUCACCGUUCCACCGAGAGGCCACUUGAACAUGUCCGUUGAAUUCACCAGUCGCUACCUGAGGCCGGCGGAAGCAGUCCUCCUAAUGGUUGGACGAAGAAGUGGAUCGGCCCUCGGGACAACGCUCGUGUUUAAUUUGAAGACCAUGAUUGAUAGUAUUACACCAAAGCAUACUCUCAAAUUUGAUUCACACUGCUACGAGCUCCACAAAAUCAACCUGGAAGUGACAAACCCCUUCGCGGAGCCUGGAACAUUCCGAGUCGUCCUUGUAGAGGGCGCCAUGGAUAAUCCUGUCGCUGGAGGCUCUGGAGCACCAUUUUCUAAGUCAACUGAGAAGAAACUUAAGAAUGUACGGUCACGAACGGAUCAUGGUCAGAAGCGGCCUAAGACGCCACCGUCGCCAAAGUCUCAGGAGGUGUUCCCGUAUGAGAAGUCUCCGAUGUUGAGCAAAAAAGAAGAUUCACCGGCCAUGAAGUCUUUCCAUGCUCCUCAAUCACAGAUCGAACUGGACGGAAACGGCACAGGAACUCUCGAAGUUCACUUCCUGCCGUUCAACACUGGAAAGCGUCAGUGUUCCAUCAUCUUCAUCAGUGACGAAACGGGCGAGUUUCUAUACUCCAUCGAAGCAAUGUCGCUCCUCCCAAAGGCUUGUUCGCUACCGUUCCGAUCAUCCGGUCAUAGUUUCCGGAUCUCGAGCGCUGCUGCCGCGGGAAGCGGGCGUGGCCAGUAUGGCGGCGAUGACAGCAUCGUGUAUUGGAAAUGCGAGGUCAACCAGACACUGGAUGAAACGAUCAACGUCCCGAUCUCCAACGCGGUCAGAGAAAAGGCUUUGUUGUUGGCGUCGCAACAGUUCAUGACGGAGUCGGAGCUCCAUCGCCGCCUGGUGACAGGGACUCUAAGCAGCACGACAUUGACGACGAAGACUAUGUCCAUGUUGUCGGUCAAGCCAGGCCCUGGCAAAAAAACUAGCAAGAAGAAAGACUCGGAUGCCAAGUCUAUGAACUUCAAGGUUGAAGUGGACUCCAAGUAUUUCAAGGGUCCAGAAACCAUCCAGAUGCCAGUAGCAAAGUCCGUUGAUGAUUUGGACCACAACAAAACAAUCGAGAUUCCGAUCACGUUCAAAUCCGACCAACCUGGUCAUUACCCUUGUAAUGUUAUCCUGCGAGCCCAAGAUGACAUCAGGAUCUAUAAGAUUGAAUGCACAGUGGUCCCUGAAGGGAACCAGGCAAAGAUUGAAUUCCGUUCACCAGUUCAUCAAACCGUCACCCAACAGAUACCAAUUGUGAACCCAACCAACCAUGACUGGCCUCUCGAGUCUAAGAUCAGCGGUGAAGGCUUCCACGGCCCUCCCACCCUGCUUGCCAAGGCAUACCAGACAACCAAUUAUCCUCUCAUGUUUAAACCUGUCUAUGAGAAGGAGGUCGAGGGUAAGCUUGACCUCAUAAAUGUUGCUGAUGGGACAGCGCAUAACUUUGACUUGGUGGGAAAAGCCAAGAAACCGUUAGCACUGGAGACCAUCAAACUUGAGUGCGUCGCAAAGGAAAAAAUAAGCCAGAGAUUGAAUGUGCCCAACAUCACCAGGAAGAAACUGCAUUACAGGGUGGAGUCAGAUUUGGAUUUUGUGGGUGGCGACGCCCACCUGACCGUCUGGCCUGGGCAGAGUGCGUUCUACACGAUGAUAGUUGCUCCUCGACGACGUGGCACUUACAAAGGUGUCAUCAGCUUCAUCGCCGGAAGAAAUCCAAUUGUUGAGGUAGACAGCGAUGGUGAUGAGAUCCCAGAGCUGGACGAAGACAAAGUCGUGGAUGAUAACUAUCGAGUUUGGUUUGCCCUUGAGGUGACCGUCAAGCCAUCGCCCCCGGAGAAGACAUUGGAGAUCACAUGUGCUUGUCAGAAACGAGUGAUUCUAGAAGUUGGUGUAAACAAUCCCAUCGAGAAAGAGCUCACCCUGGACGUUACAAUUGAAGGCAUGAACUUGACCGGCCGCAAGGUGGUCACACUGUCCCCGCGUGGACGGGCCACGUAUGAACUCACAUUCGCCCCAGCUAUCAUUGGGAAGUGUCAUGGGAGUUUGGUAUUUUAUCAUGAGCUAACUGGCGAGUUCUGGUAUGAAUUGGUGCUGAUUGCCGAGCCGCCCAUCCCCAUCACCCUGGCAGACAUGGAGUGUGAACUAGGAAGGUGGUCAAGACAACUGAUUGAGCUAAAGAACCCGACCAGCGAAACCUUAGAGUUAGUGUCGACUAUUUCCAACAUGAACAACUUCAAUCUCGAGAAGGACAACGAACAGCCGAUCAUCUUACGACCUCACGAAAAUAUCAAGAUGCCCCUCAACUUCAUGCCGUCGAUGCUAGGAGAAGGGGACCAACAAGCCGUGGUGACUUUCUUGUGUGAACAGCUUGGAGAGUGGAUAUUCCACGUGGCCGGGCGAGGCCUUGUCCCUCAACCCCAAGAUCCUGUCAGUAUCUACGCCGAGGCUGCCUCGAAUACAACCAUCAUCAUUCCGUUCAGGAAUCCGCUGGAUGUGCCCAUCAUUAUUGAUGUCUCUCUCUUGGAUAAAGACCAACAGAAUGACAUCGUCUUCAACAACGAGUUGCGAGAAGAAUCCCCCUUCUGCCUUCUCCUCAAACAAAAACAAGAAAUACGCGUCGGGCCGAAGUCAACGUUGGAUAUCCCAGUGUCCUUUGCACCAGAUGAGAUGAGGCUAUAUGAGGCGGUGUGUUCGUUGGCGGUACGGAGAGCAGACGGCAGGAGUUGGCAGUACGUGGCUGGCAUCGAUGACGAUGAGAGGCCACUUCCAAGAACUGAGAGUGGAGGAGUGAAGGAGCUCACAUGGUUGUACCCAAUAAACGGCAUCCCAGAGGCCAACCCGGUCAAAGACAACCAGGCAGCGCUCAUUGAGUGUCCGUCACGGGAGCGGGCCGAGGAGCGAUUGGAAGUGGUGUUAUCGGGGGUCGCUCCAUGCUCCUCUGGUCCUCAGCGCGGUAUCAAGACGCGAGCGGUCACGCCGAAAGACCAGGCAUCCAAACCACCAGAUGGCAUUGUGGUGGCGGAGACUAUCUCUGUGACCAACGAGUUCACCUUUGAGAUUGUCUUCAGCAAGGAGGAGAAUACUAACAACCUACAGAAUGCGGUCGCCCUGUCCUUGGUCCGUCAACACCGUGAUAAGGUGUCUGGCCUGGUUGUACUUGUCUUCAACAUCGUAUUUGCACCUAACACUCCAAUGAGACAUGAUGUCCAGCUGCUAGUCAAAGCGGCUACCGGAGGAGUCUGGAGGUUCCCAGUCCGGUUUGUAGCUACGGAGCCUAAACCAGACGAUACCAUUGUCAUCGAGGCCGUCGGACUAAACAAAGAGGUCGCCCUUGGUUUCAGACUGAAUAGUCAAGAAAGCCACCCGAUCCCGUUCCGGGCAUUCUACGUGGCCGGCAGCGAUCCUGAGCUGACUGUAUCUCCAAUGUGUGGAGAGUUACUACCUUCUGGCAGCAACGGUACAUUGAUAACGGUCGGGUUCACACCGGCAAUGUACGGCAAAGCAUACCAUGGGAGACUUGUGGUGCAGACACAAGAUAUGCAAUGGACUUAUAUAGUCAAGGGCAUCCCACCAGGCUACAUUGCACCCGAGGGGCGGUCAACGCCACCCAUGAAAGGCCCACACCCAGACCCAAGGAGGCGGUCCGAGAGAUAUCAUUUCAUCCGCGAGAACUUGAAACUGAACACAACAGCUGUGUCAUCACCCAUUAAGGGUGCUUUGCUCUUGCCAGUCAGACCGAGGAACUGUUAGUGUUAGCCAACACAAAAUUGACUUUGUGGACUCAAAUUUUAAAACAUGAAAGAUGUAUGUCAUGGUUCUUGAUAUUUACUCUUAUGGACCUGGAGACCUGGAGAAUCAGGUUGUAAAAUGAAAAAGAUUUUUUUCUUUGGCCACAUUUUCAUUUGAAAACGAGUUUGCAAAAAUUGUCUACAUAACAAGUUUUUUUUCUGUUAAAUUACAUCCGUCCAUAUGAAAGGGUUAAUAUAUUGGUAACCUUGACAAUUGGUGUGUGUUUUUGUUGCAAUUUUGGCAUCUUUUAUAGACUGUGAUUGCCUAAUAAAAUGUGAUAUUGAAAUGUUUCGUAUUUUGUCGUGUAUGACAUAGAAUAAAUGUAUGGCAUGAUUAGGGAGUAAGGAGUAAGGUAUAUGAUUUGGAGCACCUGGCUUCUGCCCAAAUAGUCCCUCUUCAUAAAGCCUAACAGGAUGAGUUCAACAGGAACAUUUAUAAAAAAUUGUACUCAGUUUUGUGGACAAAAUUAUUCUAAACAUAUAUUGAGCGUUUACAAUACAGAAGUCAUUGUAUAUUUCUCUACAUUUAUAGUUUAUAUUGGGAAUAAAUAAACUAUUCAUCUAUAUAUUCACUCCGUCCAUUGAUUGAAUGUGCACUGAUUUCUACCUGAUUGUCCAAAAACUUGUUUUGAUGAAUUCACUUUUGUAAAUAGAUAUGUUUUGUUUCUUCAACUUACAUGGUUGGUACUGUAUAGAUGUAUUUUAUGAAAUAAAUAUAAUU